CAAAGUCCAAGGCUAAAGCCAGGUCCCUAGUCUGGAAGAGCGGCGACCCUGGCUGCCUGAGUAACAUCUAGUAGUGGGUUCUCCUUCUUGGAAGCUCUUUAAGCAAAGGCAGGAAAUAGCAGUGAUGGAGUACAAGCGAUUCAUAACCUCCUAAGGUCCCUUCUACCCUAACAGGACUGCAGCUCAGCUGCCCUGGCUUGAGGAGACGGCAGCGUCCAGCAGUGGCCCCUGGCACUUCCCUCUACGCUGACGUGCGGACAGCGGGUCCGUUUGCAGAUUUAUAGCGAGACCACCACGGAGGUAGACCUGAAGCCGGUCUUGGGGUUCCACGCUCUUCAUUUGAACCUCUAGCGCUCCUCCACGUACACGUCUCCCCGCUGCAGUUUUGGGUCCUAAUUUUUUUUUUUUUUUGCAUGAUCCUAAUCAGUAACACAUAAUCACAAAAUGUUUGCCAAUGUCUCCGUUCAAACGCUGGUUUGUGCCUGAAAUAUCACAGAAGCAAAAGUUAAGACUUGUUGCCACUAAGCAUCUGGAGAAGACUCCAUUUCCCAGAAAGUUAACGGUGACGUUCUCGCCAGGCCCUAACAAGACAGUUAAUGGGCUUAGUAAAUCUCGAAGCGGUGGCCUGAGAGCUAAGAGCCUGCCCCAGUGACAGGGAAGCCAUGGAAGCAGUUGGGAAAGAGGAAAUCAGUGUGGAAGAUGAAGCUGUGGAUAAAACCAUUUUUAGAGACUGCAGCCAGAUUGCUUUCUAUAGGCGUCAGAAACAGCAUCUCUCCAAGAAUACCAGCUAUCGGGCAUUAUUAGACUCAGUCACAACAGGCGAAGACAGUACCAAGUUCCAGAUCACCAAUGAGGCAAAUAAGAUUCCUCUCCUGGUUGAAGUUUAUAGUAUAGAAAGAAACAUAUUCAGGCUCAAAAUCAAUGAAGAAACUCCAUUGAAACCCAGGUAUGAAGUUCUUGAUGUCAUCACCAGCAAGCUAAAUACUGUAAGGCUGAGUUCAUGUUCAGGAGAUACAGGCAGCCUGAUACUGGCAGAUGGAAAAGGGGAUCUGAAGUAUCACAUCUCAGCAAAUCCAUUCAUGAUAGACCUUGUGUCUGAGAAGGAGGUCGUAAUGAGCAUAAACUCCCUGGGCCAGUUAUACUUUGAGCACCUACAGAGCUCACCUUACAAGCAAAGUGCUACGGGAGGAAAUGAGGAGAGUGCGUCAGCUGACUCCUGUCAGGAAAAUCAAGAGGAUCUGGGCCUGUGGAAAGAGAAAUUUGGAAAUUUUGUGGAUGUCAAAGCAAAUGGUCCUUCCUCUAUUGGCUUAGAUUUCUCCUUGCAUGGAUUUGAACAUCUCUAUGGAAUCCCACAACAUGCAGAAUCACACCAACUUAAAAAUACUAGGGAUGGAGAUGCUUACCGUCUUUAUAACCUGGAUGUCUAUGGAUAUCAAAUACAUGACAAAAUGGGUAUUUAUGGUUCAGUGCCUUAUCUUCUGGCCCACAAAUUGGGCAGGACUAUAGGCAUUUUCUGGCUGAAUGCCUCAGAAACGCUGGUAGAAAUAAACAUGGAGCCAGCAGCAGAGUACACACUGACCGAGGUGGGCCCAACUGCUGCUAAACAAAAGGUCAGAUCUCGAACUGAUGUGCGCUGGAUGUCAGAGAGUGGAAUCAUUGAUGUGUUUCUCCUGACAGGGCCUACACCUUCCGAUGUCUUCAAGCAGUACUCCUACCUUACAGGCACACAAGCCAUGCCCCCCCUCUUUUCCUUGGGAUACCACCAGUGCCGCUGGAACUAUGAAGAUGAGCAGGAUGUGAAGGCAGUGGAUGCCGGGUUUGACGAGCACGACAUUCCGUAUGAUGUCCUGUGGCUGGACAUUGAGCACACUGAGGGCAAGAAGUACUUCACGUGGGACAAAACAAGAUUUCCAAACCCCACACAGAUGCAAGAGCUACUCAGGAGCAAAAGACGUAAGCUUGUGGUUAUCAGUGACCCCCAUAUCAAGAUUGAUCCUGACUACUCAAUAUAUGCUACAGCCAAAGAACAGGGUUUCUUUGUGAGGAACCCAGAAGGUGGUGACUUUGAAGGAAUAUGCUGGCCUGGUCCAUCCUCUUACCUGGAUUUCACCAAUCCCAAAGUCAGAAAAUGGUAUUCAAGUCUUUUUGCUUUUUCUGUUUAUCAGGGAUCUACAGAUAUCCUCUUCGUAUGGAAUGACAUGAAUGAGCCUUCAGUCUUUAGAGGGCCAGAGCUAACCAUGCAAAAGAAUGUAAUUCAUUACGGCAACUGGGAGCACAGGGAACUUCACAACAUCUAUGGACUUUAUCAGCAAAUGGCUACUGCAGAAGGCCUGAUACAGCGAUCUAAAGGGAAGGAGAGACCCUUUGUUCUUUCACGUUCUUUCUUUGCCGGAUCACAAAAAUAUGGUGCAGUAUGGACAGGUGACAACACAGCAGAAUGGAGUUACCUGAAAAUUUCAAUCCCAAUGUUACUCACUCUCAGCAUUUGUGGGAUCGCUUUUUGUGGAGCUGAUGUGGGCGGCUUCAUAGGGAACCCAGAGGCAGAGCUGCUGGUGCGUUGGUACCAGGCAGGAGCUUACCAGCCCUUCUUCCGUGGCCAUGCUACCAUGAACACCAAGCGGCGGGAACCCUGGCUGUUUGGGGAAGAACACACCCGGCUCAUCAGGGAAGCCAUCAGAGAGCGCUACACCCUCAUGCCCUAUCUGUAUUCUCUGUUCUACCAUGCACAUGUGGCUUCUGAGCCUGUCAUGAGGCCUCUGUGGGUAGAAUUCCCUAAUGAAUUAGAGACUUUUGGUGUGGAAGAUGAAUACAUGCUAGGAAGUGCUUUAUUGGCUCAUCCAGUCACAGAACCAAAAGCCACCACGGUUGAUGUAUUUCUGCCAGGAUCAAAUGAAAUCUGGUAUGACUUUAAGACAUUUGCACAUUGGGAAGGAGGAGGCACUGUGAAGAUUCCAGUAGCAUUGGAUACUAUCCCGGUGUUUCAGCGAGGUGGAAGUGUGAUACCAAUAAAGACAACCGUAGGGAGGUCAACAGGCUGGAUGGUGGAUUCCCCAUAUGGACUGCGCGUGGCUCUGAGCACUAAGGAUUCCGCUGUGGGAGAAUUAUAUCUUGAUGAUGGCCAUUCAUUCCAGUACCUCCACCAGAAGCAAUUCUUACACCGGAAGUUUUUAUUCUCUUCCAGUGUUUUGAUCAAUAGUUGUGCUGAUGAGAGGGGCAAUUAUCCCAGCAAGUGUGUGGUAGAGAAGAUCUUGAUCCUAGGUCUCAGGAAGAAGCCGCUUUCUGUGACUACCCACUCACCUGAUGGUAAAGAUCAGCCUGUGGUAUUUGUAUACUGUGACAGAACGUCCACCUUGAAACUGGAGAAGCUUUCUCUGAAUAUCGGUGCUGACUGGAAGGUGCACAUUAAAUAACAAAUGCCAGAUGAUGUGAUGUGUGGAGGGAGCCACCUGCACCCUUGUCCCUCUCUUUGGCGAUUUCUAAGACUUGUGCUGCCAUCUUAUUUUCCUGGUAAAAAUUGUCUUCAUUAAUCUCUAGUGUACUAAUAAACAGUAGAUUUAAGAUUUUAAGAUUUCAGCCACAUGUGGUGGCCUGCACACUUGUAAUGCUAGCACUUUGGAAGCUGAUGCAGAAGGAUCAAGAGUUCAAGGCCAGUCUGAGCUACAUAGCAAGACCUUGUGUAAGUUUAAAAAAAAAAAAAA